AAAUACUCAAAAUGACUGCGAGACAGCCCUCAUGCAAGUGACCCGUUGACAGUGGCACAGCCCUGAUCUCUCGAGGGCGGGGGCUUAGCGGGAAAGCACCUCGAAAUUCGCGAGUCCAUGAGUGUGAACUUACAAAUCUUCAGAAGCAGCGGAUGUUUACUAAACAAAAUCUCGCGAGAUCAAAUUCAUUGUUAUAGCAACGUGUCGGCGUCAUCCUCUUGGAAACGUUAUGCUGCGUGCUUGUUACAGUAUUACCGUAAGUAGCUAGCAGUUGCGUAGUCCCGGGAUUUAUCACCAUGUCAGCAAUCCACAGCCUGGUCCCAGCACGCUUCCUCACACUCACAGCCCAUCUGGUCAUCGUAAUCACUAUCUUCUGGUCCCGGGACAACAAUGUCCGGGCCUGCCUGCCUCUGGACUACAGCCAGGAUGAAUACAGGAGCCAGGACACACAAUUGGUGGUUGCAUUGUCUGUGACCCUUGGCCUAUUUGCCAUUGAGUUGGCAGGAUUCUUCUCUGGAGCGUCUAUGUUCAACAGCACCCAGAGCCUUCUCUCCAUCGCAGCCCACGCCAGUGCAUCCGUUGCGCUACUCUUCUUUCUCUUUGAGCAGUGGAGUUGUGCCAUCUACUGGUGGAUCUUUGGCUUCUGCAGGUUAGUGUCACUCACCUUUUAUGUAUACGUUUGGCCCUCCUGCAAUGCACCAUGGUUUUCCAUCCCUGACUCGCCUUUCCUGUCAGCACUGGCUGCCCACUGCAGCGCCUCCGUGUGCCUGUCUUUCUUCGUCUUUCAGCAAUGGGAGUGCUGGACAUACUGGUUUGUGUUCACCUUCUGCAGUGCUCUCCCUGCAUUGAUGGAAAUCCUCCUCUUCGUUUCUGUCUUUGCCCUGAAAAAGAAGCCGCUGUAAGAAGCCUGGACUGAGCCCUGGUCAUCCUUUCUUUGACCUCGUUAGCUUUACGGUCUCAUCGAGAAACAUGGGCUCACAAGGGGCCGCAAGAGUCAGCUCGGUCAUUAACCAUGGGAUCCAGGAUAAAAGUUAAAUACUGGCCAGACUUUUCAAUACACAAAAACUUGGUGUCUGCUACCAAGCUUGACACAGUUAUGUAUUAGAAUUUCAAGCAUAGGUUCUUUCAUGGCUGUGUGUGCCAUUCGAGCUGUACCCACUUUUUAACUCAUUUUUGGAUAAUUUGUUUUUUCUGUUUUUCAAUAUUCUGUGCUUUUGUCAUUUUCACCGAUUGCAGUGACUCAAAUUACUGUUAUCUGACUGUCUUAUUACUUUAUGUUAGCAUUGACAAUAUUCUGUAACAUUUUAAAAUUCCUACAGAGUAUCAGUUUACCAGGAGCGGAGUAUAUUUUAUUAAGUGAUAUCUUCAACAUUUCAGUCCAAAACAAAGUGGUAUUGAUUGAGUAACUAUAAUAUCUAUGUUGGCAAAAGAGAAAUAUGGUAAUAAUUGAUUUUAUAGUCGUACAUGUCACGUUCGCUCGAGAAGCGGGUGAUCGCGCUGGCAGGCGAGCGGGCAGGUAACAGGCGAGCGGGCAGGUAACAGGCGAGCGGGCAGGUAACAGGCGAGCGGGCAGGUAACAGGCGAGCGGGCAGGUAACAGGCGAGCGGGCAGGUAACAGGCGAGCGGGCAGGUAACAGGCGAGCGGGCAGGUAACAGGCGAGCGGGCAAGAGCAGGGUGAACGGGGAUUUAUUGGACAAACAGGGUGCAGGGAACAUCUCACGACGACUAACAUCAAUGACAGACAAAGGCAUCAGGCAAGACGUGGACUUAAAAAGACAGGACUGGUUGAAAAUAAUCAGACAAAGCUGGGCACGAUCGGGAAAGCACACGUGGAUAAUCAGGGGGCGUGGCACACACGAGGAUCGGACGAGCUGGGCGUGACAGUACACUUAUACCUCAGGGAAUACUGUGCUUUAAAUGUGUUAUUUAAUAGAAACAUCGUCACAUAAUUAAAACAUUUUCAUAAGCAUGGUGUAUGAGAGAUCUCUUUAGUAAGUGAGAGGUAUACUGAGAGUUUUUGCUUACUAUAGGUGUUUAUUUCUGUUUGUAUGUUUAUAAUAAUGUAUAUUUUGUUGUUCAUGAAAUUUCAGGGUAAAAUAUGUAAAAAUGAUUUAUACAAAUAAAUACCUUUUUUCAAA